AUGGUCCUCCGCGCCGUCAGUGUCGAGGGGUAUGGCAUCGUCUACGUCUCCACCGCGCGAACGCGCGUCGUGUUCGCCGUUAAGCCGCACGUUUCGGUCGUCUGUCAGGAUUGUCAAGAUGUGCUCAGACGCCCGACGCGCGCGCCGUGUGGACACGCCGUGUGCGAGCCGUGCGCCGAGCUCGCGACGAAGAGGACUGGGACGUGUCCGGUGUGUAGGACGACGUGUGGGGAACGGGAUUGGAUCCGGGACGAGGGGUUGGGGUUGGAGGUUGCGAACCUGCGGGCGCACUGUCCGCACGCGUGGACAAAGGGCGUCGGUGGAGAGAGCGUGAUGGAUUUUAGAGGGUUCGGUGAGCGGUGUUGCGGCGCGGUGGUGACUUUGGGGGAGUUGGAGGCGCACGCGCGCGAGUGCGAAUUUCGUCGAGUCGUGUGCGGGCUGAACGAAAGGGACGGUGAGCGGAUUGGAUUGGCGCGCAGUUGCGAGCUCGAGUGCUCGGCCAGGGAUUUAGAGGAACAUCGACGAGAGUGUGGGUUCGCGGUGAAGCGGUGCGCGAACGUGGGAUGCGAUUGGACGGGAUCGAGGAUGCACGCGGACGACCACGCGGAGAAGUGUGAGCGCAAGCCAAGGCCGUGUAGACACGGGUGCGGGGCGCGGAUGACGAGCACCGACGCGCAGGAUCGACACGAAGAGAUAUGCCCGACGAAAGAGGUGAUGUGCGGGAUCGUGGACGAGGCGGACGAUAACGAAGAUACCAGGUGUUGCCCGGCGGUGAUGAAGCGGAACGCGCUUCCGCGACAUCGCGACGAGAUGUGCGCUUAUGCGCGAGGAGCAACGUGUCCCGACUGUCGGUCGAACGUCGCCGAGCGGAGCGCAAUUCGUCACAGGCAGACGUGCGUCAAAAUUCGUCGGCCGUGCCCUUCGGGCUGCGGCGCGCUCGUGUCGCAAGCCGACACGAAGCUCCACCUCGAAGUCGUAUGUCCAAAGGUGGAGAUUAUGUGUGACUUCCACAGCGUCGGGUGCGUCGCGCGGUGCGGGCGAAAGGAGAUGGCGAAGCACUACGAAGACUUUGCCGAGGCGCACGUCAAGCUCUUGCUCAAGGCGACGGAGGAAGUUCGCGAGGUGAGCGAAGUCAUGUCAAGGGAGGUGGAGAAAGUCAUUCGCGAUGAGGAGGGCCUGAACGAGGGCGAUCGAGUGAAGCGAGACGGUGUGCUUCGAGCUAUUCGCGAGGAAGAGCUUCGAGCUCUUGAGGACCUGAAGCGACUGCGUGAAAGCGAGGCGGACGCUCGUAAGCGAGGAGAGCUCUACGCGCAGGCUUUGCAAAAGGCGCUCGUCGAUCAAGCAGAGACUUACGACGCCGCAAUCGCGGAGAUAAAUGAAGAAAUCGCGCGUGUCCGUGAGGAGUUUGAAGCCUAUAAGACGACGGCGGCUUUGGAGCUCGUGGAGCUUCGUCAGGCGGUGGAUUCGGCGCAAAUAUCUGUGAAUGACGUCUCCGCGCGUGCCGCUGUCUUGAUGCGAGGCGGCGGCGUCCUCGAAGAGCACAAGCUCGCAUACGAGAAAAAUCUCGCGCGUGAGCGCCAGAUGUCAUUGGAUGCAAUCGCUCGGGCAACUCGAGAGAUUCGCUACGAGAUUGAAGACGCGAACGCGGAGCACGCGAGAGAAAUUGCGGUGCUUCGGGACGACAUUAGAGCUGUUCUGAGCAAAAGGAUUGAUGGCCCUCCUCGGUGA